AUGGCGUCUGAGACGCCCGAGACAAUCACAGUCACCAAAAUAGUUCAACCCAAUAUAAAUCCAUCAAAUGCGCCAGAGCCACCACAGCUGAUCUCGCCAGCAUCAUCUCCCGUUCCCUCGUUCUUCUCCUCGCCGACACCAACCACAUUUGCCACCUCGGUCAGGGCGACAAGCAGCUCCGACCCUACAGCUCUACCGUCAGACACAGACCAAGAGACUCCGGCUAACGGACCCCCGACUGGGGCGAUAGUUGGGAUCGUCGUAGUGCUGGUCAUCGCCGCGGUUGUUGUCGUUGUCUUCCUUGGGCGCAAAUGCAGACGAUUAGAGCGGGCCGCGCGAGCCGAGGGCUUCGACCCCAAUCCAAGAAGGGCGCCGGGGACAGGGUCACAAGGACGUGCUCCCUGGGAGCCUUCCUAUAAUGCGGCCGUGGAGCAGGUGACGAGGGACAGGCCGACAUUGAAUGGGUCGGCAUACGAGAGGCGAUUAUGA